ACAGCGGUCUGUAUUUCAGCAAGGCCGCCGGGACGGCGACUUGGGCGGCGGCUGCCCCGGAGAGGGGAGGGAAAAUGCCCUUUCCCCGGCGGCAGGAGGAGCCACCGCGGUGCCGCUGCCCUCCCGGCAGGGCCCGGCCCUCGGGCCCCGGUGGCGCCCCCGAGCGGCGCGGUCCGGCCUGGCCCGGCCCGGCCCGGCCCGGCGUGAGGGAGGGAGCAUGGCGCGGCCGGGGGGCCGGCGGCAGGAUUCUGGAGAAUGCGUUGCUGAACUAAGGGAAUGGAGACCGGUCGUUUAUAGAAAGUGCACGGACCCUCUGUGGCUGCUCCUUUUCUUCCUUUUCUGGGCUGGUUCGAUGUUUAUAACUGGCUAUGCUGUGAUGGCUGGUGCGGCAGAAAGACUUGUGCUUGGAUACGACAGCUUUGGGAACAUAUGUGGUAGGAAGAAUACUCCUGUAAAAGGGGCACCCCUUUCUGGACAGGACAUGACUAAUAAAAAGUAUGUGUUCUUUCUGAAUUCAUGCAGCCUGGAAAUGCAAAGCCUCAAAAUCAGUUCAGUUUCCUUGUGCGUGUCUAGUUGUCCACAAGAGCAGCUCAACUCUUUGGAAGACCUCCAGAGUUUUGCAAGGAACAAUGGUUCUUGUCUUUGUGUUUACAACCUGAACGUUUCCAGCUACACACUAAAUCCAAAGGCAGCUGAGUUGUGUCCCACACUGCCAGUUCCACCAAGUAAAUCUUUUCCAUUAUUUAAUCGGUGUGUUCCACAACAUCCUGAAUGCUAUUCCAAAUAUGCAUCUGUCUUAAUAAGUAUGGUUAAUGAAAUGGAUGUUUUUCACCGAAUUCUGAGUGGAAUAUUGGCAGGAAGAGAUACUGUGAUAGGACUGAGUGUCCUUGCACUAGCUUUCUGUUUUAUAAUGGUUUUAACCUUCAGAUUCAUUCGGACACUUCUGGUCCAUACCUUGAUUGCUCUGGUUGUAUUUGGGUUGUUAUUUGUCUCAGGUGUCCUCUGGUGGCUCUACUAUGACUACAGAAAUGAUCCCAGCACUGAACUGGAAACAGAAAAGGAGAACGUAAAAUUUCUACUUGGAUAUGCUAUCUUCUCUACAAUAAUUACAAUUGUUCUGCUUUCCCUUAUACUUGUGCUAAGAAAGAAGCUUCAGUUCACUGUACAGCUCUUUCAGAUUGUUGGUAAAAUAAUAAGUAGAAUCCCUUUCCUCCUUUUCCAACCACUUUGGACCUUUCUGAUUCUGAUUGUCUUCUGGAUAUUCUGGGUUGCUGUACUACUAAGCUUAGGAACUGCAGGUACGGCACAGACCAUUUCAGAAGGACAAGUAGAAUACAGAGCUCUGUCUGGAAUUUGCUACAUGGCAUGGUACCAUUUCGUUGGCCUUAUCUGGACUAGUGAAUUCAUUCUUGCCUGUCAGCAAAUGACAAUUGCUGGGGCAGUGGUUAUUUGCUACUUCAACAGAAACAAAAAUAGCCCACCACGUCACCCAGUCCUGUCUUCCAUUUCAAUUCUUUUCUGCUAUCAUCUAGGAACUGUUGUAAAAGGCUCAUUUUUAAUUACUAUACUGAGAAUACCAAGGAUUGUUCUCUUGUACCUUUAUAAUAUCCUAAAACAAAAGGAGAGUGCAUGUGCAAAGUGCCUGUUGAAAUGCUGUUCCUGCUGGCUGUGGUGCCAGGAAGGUUGCUUAAGUUACUUUAACCAGCAUGUGUACGCAACUACUGCCAUAAAUGGGACAAGUUUUUGUACAUCAGCAAAGGAUGCUGUCUUUAUUUUGGCAAAGAGUUCUGCUGAAUUUGCAUCCAUUAGUUGUUUUGGAGGUUUUAUCCUAUUUCUAGGAAAGGUGUUUGUUGUAUGUUUUACUGUUUUUGGAGGAUUGAUGGCAUUUAACUACCAUCGGGAGUUGCAAGCUUGGGUAGUUCCUCUGUUGCUGGUUGGAUUUUUUGCCUACCUGAUGUCCCACAGCUUCCUGUCAGUGUUUGAAGUGACGCUGGAUGCCAUGUUCCUUUGCUUUGCUAUUGAUAUGGAAACAAAUGAUGGAUCUGCAGAGAAGCCAUACUUCGUAGAUCAGGAACUGCUGAUGUUGGUGAAUCAGAGUAACAAGUUAACAGAAGGGCAUAGACACAGAACUAUGAGACAUGACAACGAAGAUGGGACAGAGCUCCAGCCUAUGGUGAGGAAGGAAUAUGGGCUGCCAGCUUGUCUGCCAGCUGCUAUUUGCCUUUAUGUCCUGAGAAGAAAAGAUGUAGACUGUUGCAUCUUCUGAUGUUUCACAGCCACAAACAUUUCCCUUCUAUUGCUUUCACUCCUCAGAAAACCCUCUGCUGGCACAAAAUGAAAGGAUGAAUAUUUAUACUCAUACUUCUUACCAUUCCCCAGUGUGCCCAGCAGAGGAUGAGAAGAAUCAGACAAUUGCAAGGUGAUGGGAGAGCAAUCCUCUCUGGAUAGUCCUUCACAUGCCUGCUGUAGGAAAGCCAGAACAGCAGCAGGCUGCUUAAUUCUGUGAACUCUUUCCGGAACUCUGAAGUUAGAGCUUAGAUGCCUAACCCUCCUUUUCCCCCUCGCCCUGGCAUGUCCUCUACAGUAAUUAUUUAUUGCCUGUUUUAUGCUGGGGUAAAAAAGCUGAGAUGCUAGAAGGGAGUGUUCUCCCACACCCAAACAUGGGAAUGUCCCGAGAGUGAAAGCUCACCAUCUGCCAUCUGAGGUGUGCUCAUUGCCCAAGCUGAGGAACUGCCCCAGCCAGCUGAGAAUCUGGGGCGAUUUUACCCCAGCACCUACCUUACCCCAACACCUGGCUAUGCCAGGGCUGCUGGAGAAAGAUGCAGCAGCUGCUCUGGCACCAGCUCCUGCUCCACAUUAGUGUCUUGCAUCCUAGCAACUCCUUAUGGGGAUGCAGAGAUUGCGGUGAUUUUUCUUGGUCUACUUGGAAGAGGUCCCAGGCUCUAGGGUACCCUCCACGGUCUUGUGGGCAUUCUGCUAUAGGCAGUUGGGCUAGAGGGCACUGCUUCAGUUCAUAACACUUGUUCUUUUCGCUGUGUGUGUCUGUUACUGCGUUCUGCAGUAAUAUUUUGGCAAGCACAGAAUCUGGGGGGUUUCUGUUCCCUAAGAGAAGACUGCAGAUACAAGACACAAAAGAACGGUAAUUAUUUUCCCAGUUUACUUUUUCGGGCAUAUAAAUGCAGUAACAGGACCAGUGCUGCACAUUGCUUGAUUCCUUUUUUCUCUGUUUGUAGACUUGAAUGUGAAGUACACCAGGAAGUAUGAAGACAAACCAGCAAUAGCAAAAACAGUUGCAGAAAAAAAGGUUACCAAUAACCCAGGACAAAGUAACGAUUAGUUCUGUAAAUCUCGUUAAAUCUGUUGUACUGUCUGCACUGGUAAAAUGACCGUCUAUUUGUAUGAAUAAUGUAUUUCAUGUCAGCAUAUCUUAUUUUUAUUAAUAGACUUGUUAUGAUAGUCUAUGAAACUUGUUAAUAAACAAAUUCCUUAUAAGUUUCCAUGUCCCUUUUACCU